CUCAUUCCAUUCUCUGUUUCAGUUCCACCACGAUGCAUCCCAUUAUGUUGCUUGGCCUUCUAAUAGUAGCAUACUUUAGUGGUUCUCAAGCUGAAAAUGCCUUCUCACAGUACUGGAAAGAACGUAUUGGUCUUCCACACCCACCACAUUGGUUAGCUGCAAAAGCUUCUCCAUUGAACCCCUAUCAGAUGGCAUUGUUUAUGAAACUAAUGAAGGAAAAUAAAUUGGUUUCCCACCUUCCUUGGUUUUGUAAUCAGGCUAAUGUUGUUUGUUCUACAAAUGCAUUGAUGAAGAAGACAACAAAAAACAAAACCCUACGAUCAGUAUCCAAGUGGAAUGAUAAUAAAUUGAAAUAUGAGCUUCCAAAUGAAAUACCCCUAUCGGUUGCCAGCCAAGGGGGAUUGCCAUAUUUCCGGGAGUCAAUGGUGAAAGAAGGAGAUUUCAUGCCUAUUCCUGAUCUAAGAGACCCAAUGUCAUAUAAAUCAUUCUUGCCGCGAACUUUGGUACCGAAAAUUCCAUUUUCCCUUGCUCAAAUCGAAGAUUUGAAGAAGCUUUUUGGUGUGGUGGAUAACUCAAGCAUGGAUGAGUAUAUUCAAAACAACCUCAAGCUGUGUGAGAAAAGCCCCAUUCGAGGUGAGCAGUGCACCUGUGCAACUUCUGCCGAGGAUCUCAUCGAUUUUGUUAUCGAGAAAUUAGGGCACCAUGUACGUGUAUGGAGUACUGAGAAUUUUGAAGGAUCUUAUGAGAAUGUCACAAUUGGAGCUGUGAAACUCGUCUAUGGAAACUUAUCUGAACCACCAGUUUUAUGCCAUAGUCUGCCAUUCCCAUUUCAAGUCUAUUAUUGCCAUGUUCUUUGGAAAGUAAAAAUAUAUGCAGUUGAUCUACAUGCUCGGAAGAAAGUGAAUCAUGCGAUAAUGGCAUGCCAUUAUGACACAUCAACUUGGAAUCCAAAUCACCUUGUUUUUAAGCUGUUGGGUUUUGUCCCAGGUCUAAUUGAAGUUUGUCAUUGGAUAAACGAGAAUGGAGUGGUCUGGACAAAGAAUCUAGAUUGAGCAGCAUUUGAAGAUUUUAUUAGCUUCUAGUUCUCUUGUUUGUGUUACAUUUUACCAAUGUUAUUGAAGGAUAAAUAAUGACCUAGUUUGGUUUGCUUAUUA